CCUCUCUCUAACGUUCAAAUCUCUACCCAUUAGGGUGUCUCGAAACCUUUUCCUGUUCCGUGUCACUUGGGCGAGCCGCUUUUCUCUUCGUCACGACCGCGAGAGCUCAAUUGCCGGAAUUCUUGGACUGCAAAGACCAGAUUCCCAAUCCCUCUCUCGAUCCCUUCUUCUGAUCCAGAGCUUAGAGUCGAAUGGCAGUUCCUACAAGCCAGGAGGGUUCUUGAAAAGCUGCCCAUAAAUCUGCCCAAGCAUUUGCAACAUCACGAAAGGAGGAAAAGAAAGAUCAUUUUGCAGGGAGGACUGCCAUCUUCUUCCUGCUUAAGCUUAUGGAGGCAAAGAGAUAUCUUCCUUCUUCAAUGAGUUCUAAAGAUAAGGGGAACAAAUCCUGCAGAAAGAAGCAGGUUGCUGCCUCUGGAGAGGUGAAAAAACAAUCCAAGGAAGGUGGCAGUACCUGCUCAAAUGAAACUGCUCAAAACAAGUUGAACUUCUCAAAGCUUCUGGAUGGGGUGGUUUUUGUUUUGUCAGGGUUCGUUAACCCUGAGCGGAGCACAUUGCGUUCGCAGGCAUUAGAGAUGGGAGCAGAAUAUCAAGCUGAUUGGACUUCAGAUUGUACCCUUCUUGUUUGUGCAUUUCCUAAUACUCCUAAAUUUAGACAAGUCAAAGCUGAUUGUGGCACUAUAGUCUCAAAGGAGUGGAUAUCAGAUUGUUACCACCAGAAAAAGCUUAUUGACAUUGAGUGUUAUCUUAUGCAUGCUGGAAGACCAUGGAGAAAAUGCAGCAGGCAAAUUGAGAAUAGCCAAGAGAAGAAAAAUGCCCUGCCUGAUGAACCUCUAAAGCAAGUUGAAACAAGAUCACAUGCAAGGCUGACUGGAUUUGCUAUAUCUGAGGAAGGAGUUCCUAAUAUUUUUAAAGAUUAUGUUUCUCCCGCCAAAAUAAAAGAGUGGGCUAAUGAUGAUUUGAAUAAAACAAUUUCAUGGCUGGAGAGUCAAGAAGACAAGCCAGAGCCAAAUGAAGUAAAGACUAUAGCUGCAGAAGGUCUUAUCACUUGCUUGCAAGAUGCCAUAGAAUCUCUAAGGAAAAAUCAGGAUGUUCAGCAUGUGGUUGAGCAGUGGAAAUUUGUCCCUCAUGCUGUCAAAGAGCUGGCCGAAUUUGAGGGGAGGAGGAAAAGGGGAUUGCUUUCAACGGAAGAGCUCUCUGAAUUGGCCAUCACAUGUAAGAAAAUCUAUGAAGAUGAGUUUGACCAUUUAGAUGAUUCCCUUGUAAAAAUUAAGAAGCGCAAAACUGAUGCUGAUGAGGAAGACAGCAAGGAUAUGCAAAUCAAGUGCUAUGAUGCAGGGUCUGACAGUGAUCAAACUAUUGAAAUGACAGAAGAAGAAAUAGAUCUUGCCUGCAAAAAUCUUUGAGAGUUAUGAAUGGUAAGAAAAGUUGGGAAAAAAGUUAUUUUCUGCAAGGAUCAAGCUAGGUGUAACUCUUUGUUUGUAUUUUUCUUUAUGCUGUUUUACUUUAUUGAACUGAGUUGCCAUUUUCUGUUUUGCAAAGAAGGGGAAAGUCAUAGUAAUGAUUUUCAGUUAACUUUUCCUUGUCUGCCAUUGAUGGGUUCUUUGCAAUCAGGUUGUUGCAGUCCAAUAGAUUUUGACAACAUUGUAGGUGAUGGCUUGCUUUAAAAAAAAAAUUAAAAAUUUUUCAUUCCCUCCA